UCAUUUUAUAUCUUUUAUAUCUUUAAGUUCGUCUGAUUUUACUUCCAGCUGCUCAGUUUUAUGAACUUUUCCUUUUAAUACUUUAUUGUUUUCCAGGUUUUUUAUUCCUGAGUUUAAACAGAAUUGGAGUUGAGUCUAACCUCAGAGCCUUCAUGGAGGUUUUGGGUACUUCCAUGCAGCGUUUUGCGCCUCUUUGUGCCCUCCAUGCAGGGGUCAUGUGGUGGGAGGUCUCCCCCAGCCUCCCUCCUGCCUCCCCCGGACCUGGAGCCCUCCAACCCUCCAGCCCGCCGCUCAGAGGUCCACCAUGACGUUUGGCUCCGCCGCUGCUCCUCUUAUCUCCCGGAACGAGCCGCUGCCCGCCGCGGACUUUUGCCCUCCGAGCUCUCCGGUCCAGAUAAAACUGAAUCUGAAGCAGAGGCUCCGACAUGUUCUCUCCAAUGUCUCCCAUAAGGGACAUAAGGACCGGGGCCCGGGGUCGGUCCGGGGCCGAGGAGCAGAUCCGCAUGGUGGAGUGUAAACCGGGCUGCGGCUGCGGGGUCCAACCGGGAGGAACCGGGAGGAUCUGUGCGCCACGGUGGACGGAAGAUGAUCCGGAUUCUGACAAACGAGGCUUUGACAACUUGGCCUACGAGUCUGAGAUCCAGACUGAGCUCUGUCCUCCACCUAAACCCGCCUCCAGAACCACGUUCAGACUCCCAGGACUCACCUCAGAGGUCCAGAUCCAGGAAGUUGACACCAGGAUCUGCAGCCUGGAUGGAGUCUUCUCCGUGUCCUGGUCUGUUCCCGACAGCCUGGCCCAGGUGGACUACGACUCCUCGGUGGUUACGACCAAACAGAUGGUCCUGGAGCUGCAGGCGCUGGGCUACAGCGUGGAGUCGGCGGUGCAGAGCCGGGUGGAGGGGAUGCACUGCCAGUCCUGUGUGAAGACCAUCGAGGAGCAGAUGCUGGAGCUACCAGGAGUGUCAUACGUUCAGGUGUCUCUUAAAGAAAACUCAGUGGUGGUCGUGUUUCAGCCUCUUCUGGUUUCUCAGGAGAAGCUGAGGGAGAAGAUCGAGGACUUGGGCUUUGAAGCUGCUUUACUACCUGAGGAUCCUGCAGGAGGUUUCAGGAACCUGUUCCCCCAGACCACCACCGUCUGGAUCGGAGGGAUGACCUGUGGUUCUUGUGUUCGGUCCAUAGAAGGGAGGAUCUCUGACCUGAGCGGAGUUCAGUCCAUCGUGGUGUCUCUGGAGGAGGAAAAGGGAACCAUCGCCUUCGACCCGAGUCUGACGGAUCCGGAGCAGCUCAGGGCAGCGAUCGAGGAGAUGGGUUUCGACGCAUCGCUCAGCGAGCCUCCAAAGAGCAUCCAGACUCCUGACAAGUCCAGACCUGACACCUCUGGACCUCCUGACCUCUCUGACAGUAAAUCAGGAGUAAACGGAUCUCAGGGACCGUCUGCAAACGGCCUUCAGAGCUCCCCUCAGGUCAAAGUGCAGAAAUGCUUCGUCUGCGUGUCGGGGAUGACCUGCGCCUCCUGCGUGGCCAACAUCGAACGGCACCUCCGCAAACACAAAGGAAUCGUCUCCGUUCUGGUGUCUCUGAUGGCUGGGAAGGCGGAGGUGAAGUACGAUCCAGACGUCCUGGAUGCUGCUGGUGUCGCUCGGCUGAUCCAGGAUCUGGGUUUUGGAGCCAAACUGAUAGAAGACGAAGAAGCAACACGAGGAAAACUGGAGCUCACUAUCACCGGCAUGACGUGUGCGUCCUGCGUGCACAACAUCGAGUCCAAACUCAACACGACCAAAGGGAUCCUCGGGGCUUCGGUCACCCUGGCAACCAAAAGAGCUCACAUCCAGUUCAACCCAGAUUUACUCGGACCUCGAGACAUCAUCAAGAUCAUCCAGAGUCUGGGAUUCGAGGCGAGUUUGGUGAAGAAAGGAUUCAAAAACAACCUCGACCACUCUGAAGAAAUACGACAGUGGAGGAACUCCUUCCUGCUCAGCCUGCUGUUCGGCCUGCCGGUCAUGGCUCUGAUGAUCUACAUGAUGGUGAUGGACAGUCAGCACCAGGAACAUGGAGGCUCCAUGCCUGAGGACCAGAACCUGCUGCCAGGACUCUCACUGCUCAACCUGGCCUUCUUCCUGCUCUGUACACCUGUGCAGUUCUUCGGUGGAAGGUACUUCUACAUCCAGGCCUACCGCUCUCUGAAGCACCGCACCGCCAACAUGGACGUGCUGAUCGUUCUGGCCACCUCCAUCUCCUACGUCUACUCCUGCGUGGUCCUGAUGGUGGCCAUGGCCGAGCAGGCCGCCCAGAGUCCCGUCACCUUCUUCGACACGCCGCCCAUGCUGUUCGUCUUCAUCGCUUUGGGGCGAUGGCUGGAGCACGUGGCAAAGGGUAAAACCUCUGAAGCUCUGGCUAAGCUGAUGUCUCUGCAGGCUGCCGAUGCCACCGUGGUCACUCUGGGAUCCGACCGCUCCGUCAUCAGUGAGGAGCAGGUGGAGGUGGAGCUGGUCCAGAGGGGCGACAUCGUCAAGGUCGUACCCGGAGGAAAGUUCCCCGUAGACGGGAAGGUGGUGGAGGGAAGCUCCAUGGCAGACGAGUCUCUGAUCACAGGUGAGCCGAUGCCGGUCAGUAAGAAGGCCGGUAGUUUGGUGAUCGCUGGCUCCAUCAACGCUCACGGAUCUCUGCUGGUGGAGGCCACGCAUGUCGGAGCUGAAACUACGCUGUCUCAGAUCGUCAAACUGGUGGAGGAGGCUCAGACCUCCAAGGCUCCCAUCCAGCAGUUUGCAGACAGACUCAGCGGAUACUUUGUUCCCUUCAUCGUCUUCGUCUCUCUGCUGACGCUGGUCGUCUGGUUGGUCAUCGGCUUCGUCAACUUUGACAUCGUGAAGGAGAACUUCCCGGGCUACAACCCCAACAUCUCCAAGGCCGAGGUCAUCGUCCGCUUCGCCUUCCAGGCCUCCAUCACGGUUCUGUCCAUCGCCUGCCCCUGUUCUCUGGGCCUGGCCACCCCCACGGCCGUCAUGGUGGGAACCGGGGUCGGAGCUCAGAACGGGAUCCUGAUCAAAGGAGGACCACCGCUGGAGAUGGCUCAUCAGAUCGAUGUGGUGAUGUUUGAUAAGACCGGUACCAUUACUAACGGUGUUCCUCGGGUCACUCGGGUCCUGGUUCUGUGGGAGAUGGCCCGGAUGCCGCUGAGGAAGAUCCUGGCGCUGGUCGGCACGGCGGAGGCCAGCAGCGAACACCCGCUGGGCCUGGCAGUGGCCAAACACUGCAAAGAGGAGCUGGGCUCUGAGGUGCUGGGAUACUGCCAGGACUUCCAGGCGGUUCCUGGCUGUGGGAUCAGCUGCCGGGUUUCCAACGUAGAACAUCUGCUGCUGCAACAAAAUGAGGAACAGUUCCUGCUGCCCGGAGCCACCACCGAUGAAAGCAGCCUGCUGCCUGAUGGGGAGGUCACCCCUGCAGCUGAGGCAGCGCCGUACUCGGUCCUGAUCGGGAACAGGGAGUGGAUGAGGAGGAACGGCCACCACAUCGGAGCAGACGUGGACGCCGCCAUGUCGAGUCACGAAACCAAAGGACAGACGGCCAUACUGGUGGCCAUAGACGGUGUUUUGUGCGCCAUGUUCGCCAUCGCUGACACAGUGAAAGCAGAGUCGGCGUUAGCGGUGCACACGCUCAGCAGCAUGGGCAUCGAGGUGGUGAUGAUCACAGGAGACAACAGACGUACGGCCAAAGCCAUAGCAGCUCAGGUGGGCAUCAGGAAGGUGUUCGCUGAGGUUCUGCCGUCACACAAAGUGGCUAAAGUCCAGGAGCUGCAGGAGCGAGGCCUGCGGGUGGCCAUGGUGGGGGACGGCGUCAACGACUCGCCCGCCCUCGCACGGGCCGACGUCGGCAUCGCCAUCGGCACCGGAACCGACGUGGCCACCGAGGCGGCACACAUCGUCCUGAUCCGAAACGACCUGCUGGACGUGGUGGCGAGCAUCGAGCUGUCUAAGAAGACGGUCCGUCGGAUCCGGAUCAACUUUGUCUUCGCCCUCGUCUAUAACCUGGUGGGAAUCCCAGUGGCUGCAGGAGUGUUCAUGCCGGUGGGUCUGGUUCUGCAGCCCUGGAUGGGUUCAGCUGCGAUGGCCGCCUCCUCUGUUUCUGUGGUUCUGUCCUCUUUACUGCUCAGAAUGUACAGGAAAACCUCGGUGGAGACCUACGAGCUUCGAGUUCGAGGCCAGAUGAGGAGCCUCCGUUCGUCUCAGAUCAGCACACAUCUGGGUCGGGAUGGUCGGCGCCGAAGCCCGGCUCUGCCCGGAUCCACCAGGGACCAGCAUCCUGGCCCGGGGGCCCCUCAGGGCCCGUCCAGUCUGAGGACCGCAGUCCAGGACCAGGACCGCUACUCUCUGCUGGAGGCCGGAGAGGAGCUGCAGUAAAGGGAAGAGACGGUCAGCUGUUCUCCUGUUCAGAUAUGAGGGCAAACAAUCAGUUUUAUGUGAAUAGACUCAUUUUGAACAGAGACUUUAAGCUGCUGGACGUUUAUUUACUGCUCUCUGUGGACUCAGAACAACCAUGAAGACGGACAGAGGACCCAGAAAUGUCUUUUUAAAAGUUUAUUUUACCUCAACAAAAUGAGUCACAUUUUUACCAAAUAAAACGUUAGAAAUGCUUCAAAAUUACUGAACAAAAGUGACUUAAACCUGUCAAACAAAACCUAAAACUUUUACCAGAUUACUUUUUAUUAGUCCAGAAUUCCAGCUUGUCCCAGAAAACAAACGUCCAAAAAGACUCAGUAUUUGUCCAGAAUGAUUAAAAAAUGUCCAAAUGAGUCCAAAACGACACGUUUUCAGAAUGACUGUUUUUUCCCUAAAGACUUGAAAUUAAUGUAGAAUGACUAAAGCAGGUCUAAGAUGAAUCAGAAAUGUUUAAAGGCCAUAAGUCACUAAAUCUGUUUCAUGUACUCCAUCAUUUGUUUUACUAAAGCGUGCACCAACCUGUCGGUUAACACUGGAACCAUGCAGCUGUACUAACAGACUGUAGAUGUUUCUCCAUGCUGCAUGAAUGUCUGACCUCCUGCUGCUCUCUUCUGUUUCUGCUGCUUUUAUUUUCCUCUGUCACUUUUACUGAAUUUAUUCAGAGCAAACCUUUUAUUUUUAGGUGUUUUUUUUAAAAAAAAUGGAGACACUUAGAAUAAAAUCAGAAUAGAAUACAUGAUUAGUUCAAGGACCGUCAGUUUUUACAGUUUCUCUCAGAAAAAUGGUGAAAAUCCAACCAUUCUCUCAGAUAUGAUUCAGUUUUUUACCAGUUCUAUCUCAUAAAUCUUCUCAUUAAGGUCUUUUUUUUUUUCAAACCUGCUGGCGGGUUUUCGGGGUUCAGAGGAUUAAACGCUCUUUUAUUUUAUCAUUUACAGAUCAUUUUCUCUUGAAAAAUUGUGCCGUUUUGUUCACCAGGUGACACAAAUUACAGUUUCUCUCCAAAAUAAAAGCCUUAAAAUGCACUUUUAGGAUAUAAAGGCUCAUUUAGUGUUUUUUUUUUUGUCAUAUAAACGGUCCUAAAGACGAACUAAUAUCUCCUCCAGAGCUCCACUGAUGUUAAAUAUAGACGUGAGGAAGAACCGGUGCAGAGAUGAUGAAUGCAGAACGUUAAUGAAUGACCUUCUAUAGUUAUCACCCAGAGAGCAGAUGUGAAGCUGAGGUUCUAGAAGGUUUCUCUGUACAGCUGUGAUGUUCAUCCUAUUAUUCAUGUUUUUAUUAAUUAGUGCUCCUCUCACAGAGGUUCUUCCAUUCUGUUCCUGUUCUCAUUUUAAACUCCAGGAAACACGACUCCUCCUCCCACCCAGACUACUCCUCCUUCACCUCUAAGUGUUCGUUCACUUCCUUUUCUGCUGCCCGACUCGUUUAAGCAAAAGUCCUGAAUGUUUAAACUGGUCUCCAGGAAUCAUCCGUUAGUUUGUUUUACUGAGAAUUCACAGCUGAAAUCUGUAAUGUUUAAGCAGAAGGUUUGGAAAUGAAACAGAAAACAUCUUCUGGUCACUGCUUUCACAUGUUUCUUACUACAGAAUAAACACUUCCUUGAACCAUGUUUGAACUAAUUUAUCUGAAGCUGAGUUUUAACUUCACGUUAAACAUCUUUUUUUUUAAACUACCAGAUGUUUUCCUUCCAAUCAACCCUCAAACAUCCAUUUUAUCUGUUUGAAGCUUUUCCAUUUGGGACAACAGGUUGAAACGUCUUUGAAUCGGUUUUACAGAAAAUGAUGUAAUAAAUGACAUUUUGUAUUUCUGUU